GUGAUCAUCCCGCUGUACAGUCCCGCCACCAUACUAACUGUCGGAAUAUUCACAAGCUCAGCGAAAUCGCCACCAUCGACCAGCGCCAGCCGAAACCCGCAGUGCGGUCUACCGGACAUUAAUAGCAGCAGGGUGUCACGGGUACGGCUGAAGCUGUCAUCCGUACGGCCUUUCCGACGUUCCUGGCACAUCGUCGCGAUGUACAUGAACGGGUCCCCUUCGGCGUCUGCCGCCCCUGGCAGCGGGGCACCCCUCGUGGCGGUGUUGGGUCUCAAGCUGCAGUACAGCGGCAUCGGCCCCCUGGCAGCCGCCUACCUGAUGCCGCCCUCCCCGGAGUCGCUGUACGAGAUGGAGCUGGACGCGGACAUGGCGCUCAAGAUGGAGGCAGACGCGAGGAAAAUCUCGGAGAAGUAUGUAUGGGGUGGGUAUGGACCUGGCGGGGGGGAGGGAGGAGAGGAGAGGGGAGGAGAACGGUUGGUACUUUUCCUACGGUUGGUACUCUUGGGUUUUCAUGCUCUUAUGCUCUUGGGCGCCAGUUGGCUGUCCUCCGCCCAGCCGCCCAUACCCCCCGGGGUGGCUAGACUGCUACUGGACGAUGGCCGCCUGGUGUUCAACUUCGCUCGGACCAAGAACAACUGGAGGCGCGUCAAGUCGGGCAUGCGGCUGUUCCUGAACCUGAACGAGUGGUUCAAGCACAUAUGCAGCUGGAAGACGCCGCAAGACAGCUGGGAAGUGGUGUUCUGUAUUGCGCUGCUGUGCUAUCUGCCCAGCACCGCAUGCCAGCGCCCCCGCCAUACACCCUGCCGCAAGUGCCUCUCACACCUUGCCGGCUGGAUGUGUGUUUUGUUACCUGCGGCUGCAUCUCCUCCUGUGGCUUCCCCACUGCGGCGCUCAGCCCGCCCUGACUCCACGGCUCCGCGACACCCGUCCCCCUCCUCGCUCUUCACUUCCCAGCUGUUCUUGUUCAUGGCAGCGCUCCAGGGGGCCAAGGGCUUCAUCCGCUUCCGGCGCCGGGUGGCGGCCUUCGUGGAUGGCGGCGCCGAGGCUGCGGCGGCACUGCUCAUCUCACCGCGCUCAACGGCAGCAGCAGCCACCAGAGCUGGCACGGACGUCGGGGGCGGUGUUGCCGCCGCCGCCGCCGCCGCGGCGGCUGCAGCUGCAGCCGCGGCUGCUGGCGGCAGUGGCAGCGGCACGCGCGAGACUGUUGGUACGGUUGUGGACGUGACCAUCGGCGGCGGUGUGAUAGCGCCUGGCUCUGAUGACGAGGCUGGGGAGGACAGCAAGGUGCCGAUUUCCGAGAGGUACCUGGCCAAUGCCAGGGGUAGCGCCUCAGUCAUAAUGGUGCGCAUGCUGCACCCCUCAAAGGCUAGGCCACCAUCGUAUUUAGCCCGUAUGCUCAGGCCACCAUCGUAUUUAGCCCGUAUGCUCUUGUAA